AUGCUCUCACGUCACAAAAAUCGUAUUCACCUUCCGGUAAAUAUAUCAGGCGGGUAUCUCUCUGACCUCAAUGAGGAACAGUUUAUCUCUGAGCUUGCCAAACUUAGAGGUAUUCCUGUACAUUUAUUCAAUUCCCAUCCUCGACUAAAUGGUCGCCCUAUUAGCCUCUUAAAACUCUACAAUGCUGUCGCACUUCGAGGCGGUUCAAAAAAGGUGACUUCCCUGUCCCUUUGGGAUGAGGUAGCUGAUGCAAUUUCCCUCCAGUCUGACUGCAUUAACAUUGGUCAAGCUGCGAAAAAUGUCUUUCAAAAUUACCUUGAAAUCUACGAACGUGUUCAACGCAGUGUUGACGGUCAACCCGGUGGCGAUAUCCUGGAAAUGGAUUCCACUGAUCCUAGUUUAAGUCUCCAACUUGUAGAAAAUCAUCUACGACAUCGAUGGAACUUGAGUGUUGAUCUCAUUGAAUCUGUGGAAUAUAGAGCCCUUCUUUUGGCACUGGAAUCUGGUCUCCCGAAUGAAUUGGACUAUGCAAUCAAUACCGUCCUUCUUAUGUCCUCUCAACAAAAUGGAUUUGAGUUAUCUCGGUGUCCCCAAAUUUUGCCUUUAAUGCUCUCAACUGUUGGAAUCUAUUCGACCGGUCCAUGUUCUUAUGAUCUCCUUAAAAACGCUUGGCGGUCACAAUGUAAUAGAGAUUUUCACAAGUUCUGGCAUAGUGUUGUUCCGAGUGAAUAUGGUCGACAAUUUCUCAAUCCCAACGUGUUUUCACACAAACAUCUGCCUAAAUCUCUAGACGACAGUCUGCCAGAACCCGUUACUUGCCUCACCUUUCGUGAUACCAUGACUUAUCAUGAUGUAGAGGGCUUCCGUGUUCAAUUAGUUGCCAUGGUGCUUAGGAACUUGGUGGUAACCCCUUCAGCAAAUGCAAUGAAUCUGAGUCAAGAACCGGAUGCUCUUCGAUUUGCCUGUUUAUGCAUUUAUUCUACUCACACGGCCCUUCGCCAACUUGGUCUUGAUAUUCUUGCUUACCUGCAUUUCCCUGUAAUUGGUCCCCUUGGUGACGUCCUUGUCAACCUCAUUCCUGUCCUUUUGGCUUCUCAAGAUCGUGUAGAUGUCACAAGAGGACUCACGAUACUCCGGCAUCUCUGCGAAUCUCCCAUCCAAUCUCAUCAGGGUCUACCUGGAAGUCCUCAUACCUAUUUGAUUGAAACAUCUUCCAGAAAUCUCGAUUUCCUCACUCGAUCUCUCAUAUUACCACCUCAGAAGCGGGAAGUGAUUGGAUUAGUCCUACAGCUGACCUGUGUUCGUGACCUUCACAUACUCGUAUUGGCUCUAGAUGCUGUGUUUGCCCUAUCAACUCAAGGUUCCGCUUUUUGCGAUGCCCUCAUUUUGGCUUGUGAAUCAGAGUACGAGGAUGAAGAGGAUAAUUGCCUUAGGAAUGGUCCCCAUCAUCUCAUUGGCUCUCUUGUCGCCUUCCUUACCUUCGAAGCGCAGUCUUUUGGAUCAGAAGGACUUAUUCGGAUUGGGGUCGUGCAGGUUCCUGAAAAUACACCUUCGACAGUCGUGAAUACCACGACAACAAAUACCUCGCCAUCCGGUGUAACAGCUUCUCGGCGUAUCUUAGAGAAACCCAUCGCCAUAGCAAUUCAGCCUCCAGCUCAAUCAUCUCAGCAGCAAACUCAACAAACGAAAAAGGAUCUCCAAUCCGCAGCUGUUGCUUCGAAUCUCAUGUUGUGUCCUCCUCCUCAACCCCACGCUGGUUGUUAUGCUGUCCCCGUGCCGGUUACAGUUGUUUCUGCUCUUCCAGCACCUAAUAAACCGGUUAUGAUUGCAACCUCUGGAAGCAGCCUUCCAAUUUCCUCUUGGACUGUGUCAUCGAUAACGACACCUGCAACUUCGACGGUGGUUAAAACACAGGAGGCCCUUGUAACUGCAGCCAUCUCAAAAACCAGGACUACCACUGUAACUGUUCCAAAAACCUCAGUUGAGUUAGCAGUUUCUCUGAACCAGCCUCAAAUCCAACAGCCUUCAGCCCCCAUGGUUCUAACUCCCGUUGCGCCUCCGCCUCCAAUUUUACCUGUAGUUGUAGCUGCUGCUCCAACGAAGCCUUUUGUAGUUACAGCCCAACCCACUGUAGCUCCGUCUCCAAUAGUAACCAACGGAAAGCAGACAUCUAUCCAACAGACAACUCUUUCUAUAGAACGGAAGACCAGUACUACUUCACUUCGACAGAACCUUCAGUCUCCUCCCAGUGCGACAAACUCCGCGGCCUCUUCUCUGAUCAACACUCUGCCUAAACCCUACCCGGAUGCACCGACAGAUAAGAGGGAAUUCGCCACUUUCUGGUUGAAUAAGAACUACGAGGUGCACCCACAAUCGAGUUUUCCUCGGGUUCUAAUCUAUGCUGAGUAUCAGAAGGCUCAUCAGGUUCAGUUUGGAACGGCUUCGGGAGCGGCGUUAUCUGCCGGAGAUUUUCAUGCAAUGAUUAAAACCGUCUUCCCAUCUGUCGACCAGGUGAAGGUUCUUGUUCCCAAUGGAAACGUGGAGAUCCACUACAACAAACUCAAACACGUCGACGCUCCGGAACCCGUUGAUCAAGCCCUUGGUGUACAACACAUGUUAGGAACUUGUCUAGCCAAUCAAAACUCCGAUGGUAAGGGACUAAAAUCUCCCAUUGGAACACCGGUACCUCCUUCGACUGCUGCUGCAACAACCCCAAAAGCUAACCGCAAACGAAGUGCCGUCAAUUUAAUAGAGACGCCCUCCACAAUCGCCUCAUCGGAAGCUGUGGUACCACCGGGACCGAAACAAGUACGUCUGUUUGAGGAAGCAAUCAAGACUGAUGGUGAAAGUGGAGGAGGAGGAGGAGGGGUAUUGGGAAACACCCCCAUCAAUCCUACCGGCGGUGUCGCAAGUCUUGUCAAUGGAACCACUUCCGUUACGCCUACACCGCAACCUAUCAAACUUCUAGCCACUGCCACGAAUCCGCCUACAAUCGUUGAUAAUUUGAUUCCCGUGUCUAGUAAUGGACCUAUUGAACUUGCCACAAACUCGUUCUCACAUGUUUCUCUCCUUUGCAGUGGAUCCAUUCAAAUUCAACAACCAGUAAUCACAGCCUCCGCUAUCGCAUUUCCCAUUAUGGAUGGGAAAAGAAUGCUGAAUGGCUUCACCACCAACACGGCCCAGCCCACCGGGUCUGCUCCCACUCUAAUCGAUACCUCUCAAGGGGUUUUACAAUUCCGCACUCUCCUCCCCACUUCCCAAAAUCCGACUCAGGAUCCUAAUAGAAUCACGUCUCCUUGUCGGCCAUCUCUUGUCAUGCAGUCAGCUGCUGCUCCAGGAACAGUUAUUAGCAAUAACUCUGAAAUUGCUGCUCCGCAGACACUAACUUGUCUUGGAACCUUCAUGGCUUCGACAUCCACAGCAAGUGGUUGUACUCCUACUGGUGCUCCGCAACAAGUUUUUCUCUACUCCCUCGCUCCCAAUGCUCAAUUAUCGAUUGCGCCGACGCCUGCUGCGACCAUCAUGCCCCAGCAGCAACAGCCCCAGCUGAUUUCUACAAUUCCUCAACAACAGGCCACUACGACCCAACAAUCGAUUCGGCAGACAACUUCCGCGGCGUUUGUUUGCAUGUGGGGAGGGGAUUGUAGGAGGUCUUUUCCCUCAGGUGAUCGGCUCUUUGCACAUAUCUACUCGAGUCAUUUUGGAUUGUUGAAAGCCCAACAGGAUCUUACAUGUCCCUGGUCAGGCUGCAAGCAAUCAACCAUUCGACGAGGUUCUUUGUCUUUAUUGGAGCAUCUUCGUGAGAACCAUUGCAACCUGUCUCAAGUAACCUCUGAUGGGGAGGCGUCUUUAACAUCCCUGACCACCACCACCACCAAAUCCUCUGUUAACACUUCUCGGGUAGCAGUGGUCGAACGUGAGUUUCGCCAGACCCUUCAGGCCGAUUUUCUUCCUUGCAUUGCAGAAAAAUCCAAGGAGGGACCUGUUACUAAACACAUUCGUCUUACAACUGCUCUGAUUCUGCAAAACCUUGUCACUUAUUCAUCUCUGGCUAGAAAGCGAUUGGUACCCUUUGAGCCGUUACUUGUCGACCUAGCCUUAUCUGGAGGCGAAGCGUCGAAUGUUCUCAUGAAAUGCCUCUCCAUCAUGGCAACAGAUGCCUCUGGGGCAGAGGAAAAUUCUCGGAACUUUAGGUAG